CGGGGUGGAGCAGGGCCCGUCCCGCCCCGCCGACGGCAAAGUUGUGCCGCCAGGUCGGGACGCCGCCGCUCGCUCCGUCCCGUCCCGUCCCGUCCCGUCCCGUCCCGUCGGCGGGUAGAGUAUCCGCGCCCCCGGCCGCGGCGCCGGCCGAUGGAUCCCGAGGCGGCGGGGGACGAGCUGUCCCGCCUGCGCGCCCUCUUCCUGGCCUGCGACGCCAGCGGCUCGGGCCGCAUCGAGCGGGAGGACUUCGCGGCGCUCUGCGCCGAGCUGCGGGUGCGGCCGGCCGAGGCCGAGGCCAUCUUCCAGCGCCUCGACAGCGACCGCGACGGGGCCAUCACCUUCCCCGAGUUCGCCCGCGGCUUCCGCGGCGCCACCCGGCGGCGGCCCAGCGGCGGCGAGCCGGAGGGCGAGGGGGAGGCGGCGGCCGGCGCCGCGGGGCUGGAGCAGCCCUGGAGGGACUUCGAGGUGCGGCUCGGGGACGAGGCCAGGUACAUCCCCAGACAAGAGCAGGUCAGUGUUCUGUAUCAGAACAUACACAUAGCGGAACCAAGAUUAAUCCAGCCAUACGAACAUGUCAUUAAGAACUUCAUCCGAGAGAUCAAACUUCAAAGCACAGAGAUGGAAACUUUGGCCAUCGCUGUAAAAAGAGCUCAGGAUAAAGCGGCAGUUCAGCUCAGUGAGCUGGAGGAAGAGAUGGAACAACGAAUACAGGCUGUGGAGCAUAAAGUUAAAAAGGAAGAGAAGCGAAAAGCUGAAGAAGCACUAAAUGAGCUGAAGCGCCAGUAUGAUACUGAAGUUGGGGAUCUUCAGGUGACAAUAAAAAAACUUAAAAAGCUGGAGGAGCAAUCCAAAAAUGUAAAUCACAGGGAAGAUGUGGUUGAAUUGAGAGAAAGAAUACAUGAUAUGUUGCUGGAAAAUCAGAAACUUAAGAAAGAUCUUUUAGAAGCACAGACAAAUAUAGCUUUUCUACAGAGUGAAUUAGAUAGCUUGAAAAGCGAGUAUGCAGAUCAGACUCUGAACACUGAGAGAGACCUAGAAAUGAUCCGAGAGUAUACUGAAGACAGAGAUAACCUGGAAAGACAAAUUGAAAUACUUCAAUCAGCUAACAGAAAGCUACAUGACAGCAAUGAUGGUUUAAGAACUGCUCUUGAAAACAGUUUCAGCAAGUACAACAGAUCAUUGCGGUUAGCAAACACGUCACCAGGAAGCACCAUUUCUAGAAACAGUCCUAAAUUUAAUGGUGGACAGUCUCCUCUAAACCCACGAUAUGACAGAUCAUCUCAUUCUUCUUGUGUGGAUGAAGAUUAUGAUUCUUUAGCCCUUUGUGAUCCUAUGCAAAGGAUAAACUAUGAAGUUGACAGCUUACCCGAGAGCUGUUUUGACAGUGGUUUGUCUACCCUGAGAGAUUCAAAUGAGUAUGAUUCAGAAGUGGAAUACAGACAUCAAAGGAUUUUUCAAAGGUCACAGUGUAUGCAAGAAAGCUUUGGUGGUGAUGCUUCUGAUACAGAUGUUCCAGAGAUCAGGGAUGAAGAAGCAUACAGUCCUGAUAACAGCCAUACACUAUUAGACUGGAAGACCUCACAACCAGUAAGUCGAAGCAGCUCAAUUGCUUCAACAAGGAAAUACAUAUCUGCUCUCACCCCUCAGAGGGGUUCUUUUUAUUUUCAGUCAGAUGCAACUGAAUGUACUCCGAAAUACCCCAGUUCAGAGAAAGCUUACAAGAUUGUUCUUGCUGGAGAUGCAGCAGUGGGAAAAUCCAGUUUCCUUAUGAGACUUUGCAAGAAUGAGUUUCGAGGCAAUACCAGUGCAACCCUGGGUGUGGAUUUUCAAAUGAAAAGACUAAUUGUUGAUGGAGAACCUACAGUGCUACAACUGUGGGACACAGCUGGGCAGGAAAGAUUCCGAAGUAUUGCUAAAUCAUACUUCAGAAGAGCAGAUGGUGUCUUACUGCUAUAUGACAUAACGUGUGAAAAAAGCUUUCUUAAUGUGCGAGAAUGGGUGGAUAUGAUCGAGGAUGCAACUCAUGAGAAUAUUCCAAUUAUGAUGGUGGGAAACAAAGCAGAUCUCCGCCAAGCCGUUACAGAACAAGGGCAAAAAUGUGUGCCUAUGAAGUAUGGAGAAAAGCUGGCUAUGACUUACAGUGCACUGUUCUGUGAAACAAGUGCUAAAGACGGAUCUAAUAUUGUAGAAGCAGUUCUUCAUCUUGCUCGGGAAGUACGAAAACAAAGUGAUAAUCGAGAUGAUACGAGGUCAGUAACCAGCCUGGCUGGGACACCUGUCAAAAAAUCAGCACUCACGAGAAACUGUUGCAAUGUUUAAGUGACAGAUACUUUUCCUGACCUAAAUAACUUGUAUAUUUAAAAAAAAAAAAAAAGAAGGAUUUUAAUAAUAUGUUCUUUUUAUCUUGGAUUUAUAUAUCUGUGUAUUUAGAAAUUGCACAUCAUGUUAAAAAUCCAGACUCUACUUUCUACUCAUUCACAUUAGUGCAUUUGCUUUGCCUCAUAGGCUCUGGUUUUGCUUUUCUUAAGUAAUGUAAGUCAGUGAAGUGAGCUCAGAAUCAAUGCUACAGUAGUCACUGCAUACAAUAUUGUAAUAUAUUUUAUCUUCUUUACCUGCUUGUUUCUUUAUGGGCUCAGUAUUUCUUACAUACAGAACAUGAUAAUAUCAAAUAUCACUCAAAAGAAAAGAAAAAUUUACAGCUUCAAUUAAUUUAAUCUCUUUUUGCUCAUGUCUGCUUAUCUAGUUUUUUGAAGGCCUUAAAUUAUAUGUUGAUGAAACAUUUCCCAAGAAAACUCCAAACCAUUAAAUGGUUGCCUAGAUUCAAGUAAACCCUAAGUUCAGGGCAUGAAGCAGAAUGGUCUCUGUUGGGAGAAGACAGUGUGGUUGCAUGUGGUUCUGGUAUGAUUUUGCAGAGGUUGGCAAGUUAGAAUUUAUUUAAUUAUGGGAGUUGGGGUUUGAUUCAGAACUGAGAAGUAGACUUUACAUCUGAUCCUACACAGCUCAGAAGUGAAAGGAACAUUUGCAUGGACCAUUACCAUUCAAAAUUCCAGAGAGACUAUAAUACCUGUGAUAUGUAGGAUUACCGAGAUGAGUUAAUGAUCCAAUAUCUGCCUGUUUGUUUAGACUAGGUCAUUAUUAGUAUUACAGACAGAUAUGGGUUGUAAUUUUCCCUUGUUUUUCAAAUGUCUUCCAUUCAGACACUAGUUGAGGGAUUGUAAUAGUACAGAGGAGUCUGUUUUAAUGGAUAUUCUUUAUGCAUUUUUGAAGUUUUAAACCUGCAGGUGAAAGAAUUGCUGCACAUGCACAAGCACCUGUAUGAAUUGUUCAUUAAAAAAAGUCCCUGAAAUAACAGCAACUACUUACCUUAGUGAGAAUUCCUUUGCCUAAUUUUAGGAAAACUCUGAGAAUCUCACCAGCUGGUAGCUUUAGGUGAUGUCAUCUCUAAAAACUGAGUUACUAUUACUUAUAAUAAAUAGUUCCCAACAGUCCUAUAGUGUAGUAAAAAUUGUAGAUAUUUCUACAAUUAACAAUCAUGAUCCAAUUCUUCUCAGCUUUCACUAAUUUUGAUCAGAAUGGGGUGGGGCCCCUUCAGAGCCUGCAAACUGUUUCAGUCUUUUCUGUGUGUAUUAAUGAAACAUCUCCAGGCUGAAACCUAGCUCAGUAAAUGAACCUUGGAUAAAGUUUUAUGGACUGAUUGGAAGCCCAUAUGACUAGCAGCUGUUACUGCAUUUUGUCAGCACUAUAUCUGAACACUGUAUAGACUG